AUCGCCUUCAUUCCGAAACCAUUCGUUUGUGAGAGUUGCAGCAACCAACGAAGCAAGAUGCAGAUCUUCGUGAAAACCCUAACAGGGAAGACGAUAACCCUCGAGGUUGAGUCUUCCGACACAAUCGACAAUGUCAAAGCCAAGAUCCAGGAUAAGGAAGGAAUUCCACCUGACCAGCAACGUCUCAUCUUCGCCGGAAAGCAGUUGGAAGACGGACGCACUCUCGCCGACUACAACAUCCAGAAGGAAUCCACUCUUCACCUUGUCCUACGUCUUCGUGGUGGCGCUAAGAAGCGUAAGAAGAAGACCUACACCAAGCCUAAGAAGAUCAAGCACAAGCAUAGGAAGGUGAAGCUUGCUGUUCUUCAGUUUUAUAAGGUUGAUGAUUCUGGUAAGGUGCAGAGGUUGAGGAAGGAGUGUCCUAAUGCUGAGUGUGGUGCUGGAACUUUUAUGGCUAAUCAUUUUGAUCGUCAUUAUUGUGGUAAGUGUGGUCUUACCUAUGUUUACCAGAAGGCGGAAGCUUAGAUUCAAUGUUUCAAUGAUGAUGUUCUAGUGUUUCUGUUUUGUUAUUGUUGUUGAACUUUUUAAUGUUUCAGUUUCGGUUUAAUUAGCUUCGUUUGGAAAACAAUUAUUAUAUGUUCUAGUUGAAUAUCCAAUACAAUUUUGUGCGUUUUGAAUUAUGAUUGUUACGUUGUUUUU